AUGGGUCGCAAACCAAAUCAACUCAUCCUCGAGUUCUUUAUUCGAGGCCAAAAGCUCGAGGACGCCAGUAACCGCUACCAACACACGUGCAGAGCCUGCGGAGAGAAGUUCCCCAAAGGUCGCAUCGACAGCCUGACCAACCAUUUGGUGAAGAAGUGUCAAGCGAUCCCGCUGCGUGACAGACAACGCGUUCUGCUGCGACUCCACGAACUCCCUGACCUUGCCGACGGCGAUCAGAACAAGGAUCCCAACCUGGCGGGCCAGGGAAAAGGCAAAUCGGUUAAUCUACCAUACACGACAGGACAGAAUUUUGAUGGCCUGAACGUCCUGGCAGAAGCCUCGAGACAAGUCGGCGCCUCCGACCAGACCAAACGGGGCGGCCCAGCAUAUGCUCAGUCCGUCACUGUUGGUGGUAAGACUGUGGUUGUUGACCCGGCGCUGGAGGCCGAAGGUUUUCAAGGUCAUCCUACUCAACCCGAGCAUAUUGAGGAGGACAUCAAACCGCCUGGAACCCCCCAGCUUUCGGCUGCGACGGCCAUCCCUUCCCUUCCAAGCACUUCGAUGAAUGACCAUCCUCCCUCUGCGUCCCCUCCGCUGGUGGAGCCUUCGUUGACCCCCGAUCCCACCUCCAAUGCUCGCCAGUCGCAGCUGUCUAUGAUCGCCGCAUCGGCUAGUGAGAUGGUUCCUCAGGGCAUCCCGAUGGAUCAUGAUCCGAACGCUCUCAUGCCAGAUGGCCUGCCCAAGCUUGGCUCAUCCCCGUGGAAUCAGCAGCUUUCGAGUCAUGAACAGCUUCUCUUCGACAGCCUUCAGGAACAUGACCCUACUCUCACCGCCGCGACUCAACGUGCGGCCUCCUUCCCUCGUCCUAUCGCCAUGAAUCCAAACUCUCAGACCAAGGGUUUUGUCAACGAAUUUGGGAACGCGACCAAGCCGACUAAGCCCAAGGUGCGCGGUCGCUUCUCCGCCGCGAGACGCAGGGAGGUGCAAGAAGUGCGCAAACGAGGAGCUUGUAUCCGCUGUCGCAUGCUCAAGAAACCAUGCUCCGGUGACAGCCCUUGCACGACCUGCGCCAGUGUCGAGAGCGCACGUCUUUGGAAGCAUCCAUGCAUUCGCACUCGUAUUGCAGAGGAAUUCGAACUUUACAACGCAAACUUGCAUGCUACCCUCGCAUAUCACGAUGUCAGCAGUAUCAAGAAUCAGGUCAAAUUCGAGCACUAUGCUGGCCGCAUCGAGGUAACCCACUUCGAGGAGAGUAUGGUCUACAUCACUUUCAGUGGACUCCAUGGUCACAAACCAUCAAUGUCGACGCUUGACCCUCAGCUUCAAGGACUUGGAGACGAUCCCCAGUUCCAGGGACCUCUGCACGAACUUUACCUGCUCGACAGCGAUGCCGAUGACCUUCCUGGAAAGAUUGAAAUGUACAUCAAGAAGACAGCGCCCUUUUUCUACGCGCGGGAAACUUCUGAGAUUAUCAAGCAUACUUUGCUGCUCGCGUCGGAGUUGAGUCAGCAGAAGAAGGAUGUCUUGUUGGAACGAGUUCUGGAGUUGUGGGUUGCAACACACAUCUUGGUCGACUCGGAGCUUCGCUGGAAGACAUACUGCAACCCAACCCUGCCACCGACCUCGAUGCAUUCACUGGCACAGCCGUCAGAUGACGGCCGCAUGCCUAUUGACGAGGUUACCAACGCCGAAUCCUACGGGCUCCUUUGCAACCAGCUGCGCGCCGCGACUGAGAAGCGGGCCUCUCAACUGAGCAAAUCUGUGAUGAAUGAUCUGGAGCGCAGAUUACUGCAGCGCCAGCAAAGCGGCUGGUUCGAGACCUUCCUGGUUGCGCUCUUGCUUCUGAACUGCGUUGAGCGGACUUGCUGGCUAUUCCGUUCCUGGGAUGACGAGAACUUUGCGCAGCGAUGGCCCCUGGACAAGCGUCCUCCAUACUACGCCAGCCAAGGCGAUCGCUUCUCUGACAUUCUGCACAUGUUGCUGAAGAUGCGCAGCUUGCCCCCCAAGGCGGCACCAGGACCGGAUGGCAUUUUGAAGGCUAUGGACGGUAGUGACGAGAAUGCAGCUCGCUGGUUCGACAUGAUCAAGAUCACUCCACUCUACCUCGAGCAACGCCAGGCUGCGGUUUUCGACCCCAACGACUCUCGCUCUCUCGAUCUCCGCUACGGUGCCAAGCUGCUUCCCCCGACGAAUGUUUACACGUAA